AUGAUGCCUGUGUACUCGCUCGUUUCGCUCCUGCCGCUCAUCGCCCACGCUGUCGCCCUGCAUGGUUCGCCACCUUCAGCUGAGCUGAUCCCGCACGGCACGCUGCGGCUUGCACAGCCGGCGUCAACAUUCAGCCUCCUAUCGUGGAACAUUCUUCUCCCGAAUGGCGAGGACAACUGGUGGUGCGAGAAAAUGUAUCAGCCGCACGUGCCGCACGACUGCCGCCAGUGGUCGCAUCGGCAGCGGCUGAUCAGAGACCGUCUGCUGCUCGCGGACGCCGACAUUGUCUGCGUGCAGGAGGCGGCAGGCGACACGUUUGCUUCCGACUUUGAGUUCCUCCAUGCCGACGGCUACGAGUCCGUGCUUCACAAGAAGUUUCGGUUCCGGUGCGCCACCUUCUACCGUCCGUCUGCCUUCAAGCUGCUCUCCGUCGCUCACGAGGAUCGAGCCCUCGUGGCCAAGUUUGCCUCAGCGUCCGACCCGUCGCUCGCGCUAUUCUUGGCAAAUGUGCACCUCAGCGGCGGAGCGUCGCCCGACCGGCGGCUGCGUCAGGUCCAUGGUGUGACGGAGCGGGAGGCCAGCGACGCGGAGGCUGCCGCCAGCAGGAGGAAGACGGAAGCUUCGCCUCCGCGCGUCAUCAUCACGGGCGACUUCAACUCGGACGGCAACACAGCGGUGCGCCGGCUCCUGGUCGACGGCAGCGUGGAGCCGGAGUGGCGUGAGCCGCAGUACAAUGAGGUCGAGCUGACGUCCAAGCCUCGGAGGCACGGGCUUGGCGCGUUCGCCGACGCCGGCGAGGUUGCGUACGCACAGAACGUCUGCGACGGCGACUGGGGCGACUGGGGCGGGAGGAUCGACUACGCACACUACCGCGAGCGCCGACCCGCCACGUACGUCGUACCCUCGCUCGGUGCCGCCUUCCUCGAGCGCUCGCGGAGGUCGACGAGUCGGCAGCAGCUCGUGGCGGACAAUGAGAUGCUCGAGCGGCUGGUGCGGAGCCAGGAGGGCCGCGCGCCGCCGGUGGCACCGCCACGGAGCUUGUCGGCGGCGGACCUCGCGCUCUGUGACGCGACGGCGGGCGCCGACGCGCCGUUCGUCGCUGCGUGCCGGCGCGCCUUUGACGCCAUCGACGCGGACCGCGGCGGCUCGCUCUCGGCCGCCGAGCUUCGCCAGGCCCUGGCACUGCUGUCCGUGCUGGGCCCCAACGGCGAGGAGCCGAGCGCGGCGGACGCCGAUGCGAUGCUGAGCGCGGCGGACACGGACAGCAGCGGAGAGGCCGACGUCGAGAGCCUGAUCGCGCGCUUCACUGCCGCCUUCCGCGCGGCGCUGGAUGCGCUGUUCGACCGGCUCGCCGAGGGUCCCGCGGCCUUGGGGGCGGAGGGCGGUGAGGAGCUGGUCAUCCCUGAGAGCGCGGCGCUGGCGUGGCUCGAACUCAUCAACCGCGAGCUCGGCCGCGGCACCUACCGCGGCGCGAUGGCUGCCUUUGAGCGGAGCGAGGCGGCCACAGGCCGGCGCGAGCUCACGAGGCGCGCCUUCCACGGCAUCUUUGCGCGCGAGCUCGGCGAGGGCAAGUGGUGGCAGGGCGCGGCGAGCCCCCCUCGGCGGCAUUACGAGGCGUGGCUCGACUACGCCUACUACACGGCAAAUAGCUUGCGGCUGGCAGGCUACCAGGAGAGCCUCAGCGAGGAGCAGGCACGGCGAAUCUACAAGGACGGCGACGCGUUGCCCAACGCGUGGCACCCGAGUGACCACAUUCCGGUGGGAUGCGUGUUUGAGUGGGGAUGA